CGCGGACGUGACGCCGCGGGCGGAAGUGACGUUUUCCCGCGGUUGGCCGGGGCGCUCGGUUGCCGGGCGCGUCCGGUUUUCCUCGGGGGACGUUCCCAUUAUUUUUGUAACGGGAGUCGGGUGAGGACGGGGCGUGCCCGGCGUGCGCGCGCGCCCGCCUCCCCGCGCGCCUCCCUCCCUCCCUCGCCCGCCCGCCCGCCCGCUCGCUCGCGCCGGCCCGCGCAGCGCGUCAUGCCGCCCAAAGCCCCGCGCCGAGCCGCGGCCGCCGAGCCCCCGCCGCCUCCUCGGGAGGACGACCCCGAGCAGGACAGCGGCCCCGAAGAGCUGCCCCUGGCCAGGCUUGAGUUUGAAGACAUUGAAGAACCUGAAUUUACUGCAUUAUGUCAGAAGUUAAAGAUAUCCGAUCAUGUCAGAGAGAGAGCGUGGUUAACUUGGGAGAAAGUUUCAUCUGUGGAUGGAAUUCUGGAAGGAUAUAUUCAAAAGAAGAAGGAACUCUGGGGCAUCUGUAUCUUUGUUGCAGCAGUUGACCUAGAUGAGAUGCCAUUCACUUUUACUGAGCUACAGAAGACCAUAGAAACCAGUGUCUAUAAAUUCUUUGACUUACUAAAAGAAGUUGAUACCAGUACCAAAGUUGAUAAUGCUGUGUCAAGACUAUUGAAGAAGUACAAUGUGUUAUGUGCACUCUACAGCAAAUUAGAACGGACAUGUGAACUUAUAUAUUUGACACAACCCAGCAGUGUGAUAUCUACUGAAAUAAAUUCUAUGUUGGUGCUAAAAAUUUCUUGGAUCACUUUUUUGCUAGCUAAAGGAGAAGUAUUACAAAUGGAAGAUGAUCUGGUAAUCUCAUUUCAGUUAAUGCUGUGUGUGGUUGACUAUUUUAUUAAGUUCUCGCCUCCUGCACUACUCAGAGAACCAUACAAAACAGCUGCAAUACCCAUUAAUGGUUCACCUCGAACACCCAGAAGAGGUCAGAACAGGAGUGCCCGGAUAGCAAAACAACUAGAAAAUGAUACAAGAAUUAUUGAAGUUCUCUGUAAAGAGCAUGAGUGUAAUAUAGAUGAGGUGAAAAAUGUUUAUUUCAAAAAUUUUAUCCCUUUUAUGAAUUCACUUGGAAUUGUAUCAUCUAAUGGACUUCCAGAGGUUGAAAGUCUUUCUAAACGCUAUGAAGAACUGUAUCUUAAAAACAAAGAUUUAGAUGCAAGACUAUUUUUGGAUCAUGAUAAAACACUUCAGACUGAUCCUAUAGACAGUUUUGAAACAGAGAGGACGCCACGAAAAAGCAACCCUGAUGAAGAGGCAAGCGUGGUCACCCCACAGACUCCAGUUAGGACUGUUAUGAAUACUAUCCAACAAUUAAUGGUGAUUUUGAAUUCUGCAAGUGAUCAACCAUCAGAAAAUCUGAUUGCCUAUUUCAAUAAUUGCACAGUGAAUCCAAAAGAAAAUAUCCUGAAAAGAGUAAAGGAUGUUGGACACAUCUUUAAAGAGAAGUUUGCGAAUGCUGUGGGGCAGGGGUGUGUUGACAUUGGAGUGCAGAGAUAUAAACUUGGCGUCCGAUUGUAUUAUCGUGUGAUGGAAUCCAUGCUUAAAUCAGAAGAAGAACGUUUAUCCAUUCAGAAUUUUAGCAAACUCCUAAAUGACAACAUCUUUCAUAUGUCUUUAUUGGCCUGUGCUCUUGAAGUUGUAAUGGCUACAUAUAGCAGAAAUACAUCACAGAGUCUUGAUUCAGGAACAGAUUUAUCCUUCCCGUGGAUUCUGAAUGUACUUAAUUUAAAAGCCUUUGAUUUUUACAAAGUGAUUGAAAGUUUUAUCAAAGUGGAAACCAACUUGACAAGAGAAAUGAUAAAACAUUUAGAAAGAUGUGAGCAUCGAAUCAUGGAAUCCCUUGCAUGGCUUUCAGACUCACCUUUAUUUGAUCUCAUUAAGCAGUCCAAAGAUGGAGAAGGACCUGAUCACCUUGAGUCUGCUUGUCCUCUUAGCCUUCCUCUCCAGAAUAACCACACUGCAGCAGAUAUGUAUCUUUCUCCUAUAAGAUCCCCAAAGAAAAGAAGUUCAACUACACGUGUAAAUUCUGCUACAAAUACAGAGACACAAGCAGCCUCAGCCUUCCAUUCUCAGAAGCCAUUGAAAUCUACCUCCCUUUCCCUGUUUUACAAAAAAGUGUACCGUCUAGCAUAUCUCCGAUUAAAUACACUAUGUGCACGCCUUCUGUCUGAGCAUCCAGAACUAGAGCAUAUUAUCUGGACUCUGUUUCAGCACACACUGCAAAAUGAGUAUGAGCUCAUGAAAGACCGGCAUUUGGACCAGAUUAUGAUGUGCUCUAUGUAUGGCAUCUGCAAAGUGAAGAACAUAGACCUUAAAUUCAAAAUCAUUGUAACAGCAUACAAGGAUCUUCCUCAUGCUGUCCAGGAGACCUUUAAACGUGUUUUGAUCAGAGAAGAGGAGUUUGAUUCCAUUAUAGUAUUCUACAACUCAGUUUUCAUGCAGAGACUAAAAACAAAUAUUUUGCAGUAUGCCUCCACCAGGCCUCCUACCUUGUCACCAAUACCUCACAUUCCUCGAAGCCCUUACAAGUUUUCUAGUUCACCCUUACGGAUUCCUGGAGGUAACAUCUAUAUAUCACCCCUAAAGAGUCCUUAUAAAAUUUCAGAAGGUCUGCCAACACCCACAAAAAUGACUCCAAGAUCAAGAAUCUUGGUCUCAAUUGGUGAAUCCUUUGGGACAUCUGAGAAGUUCCAGAAAAUAAACCAGAUGGUGUGUAAUAGUGACCGAGUGCUUAAAAGAAGUGCUGAAGGCGGCAACCCUCCGAAACCACUGAAAAAGCUCCGCUUUGACAUCGAGGGAGCCGAUGAGGCAGACGGGAGUAAACAUCUCCCAGCAGAGUCCAAAUUUCAACAGAAACUGGCAGAAAUGAGUAAUAUUCUUUGUUGCUUUUUCAGCUUCUACUCGAACACGAAUGCAAAAACAGAAAAUGAAUGAGAUCAUGGAUAUCUCAAACAAGGAAGAAAAGUGAGGAUCUCAGGACCCUGAACACUGUGGACCCUGGGGGACACCUGACUCAUGUCUCAUGGAUGUGACUGUAGUUCCCAGGUUCUGCUAAUGGCCAUGUUUACUCAUGUUAUAGAUAUAAAAUGUGCAGGUACAAGCUGAAUAUUUGUGUGGAUGAUUCCUAAGCCACUUCAAUGUUGUAAUCAAUGGUAUAGAAUUGAUAGUACACAGGAUUGAGAAUCUUGUGCAGAUCAUGCCAUUUAAAACAUGAAAGCAGACUGUUUGCAUUUCCAACGUGAGCCUGCUGCCCUCAGAAGUGAGGCUGCCUCUGGAGAGGGGUCCUACAACCCCUUAUGCCUGGCUGACUACUUUGCCUUUCCUCGUGGCACAUGUGUGAUGUUUGCUCUUGGUUUUAUUAAUUUAUAUGUAUUUUUAAUUUAACGUGAAUACCCUUAGAAAAUGUGUCCUGUCUUCCAGAUGCAAGUUGACUGACUGUCCACAUUCAACCAAAUUAUCUUGAAUCUUCUACUGACACAAAUUGUUACAAACCGCAGAAAAGUACUAAUUUCUACACAUUGGGCUUGUUUUAAUAUUAGAAUCUAAUGUGCUGUGUGUUUGUUUUACAUAUUUUACCUUUGAAAUACAAGCAGAAAAACAAAGGAUAAACAUAUGAUACUGUCUUACUACUGACACAGAUUUCAUACCUCAGAACCUGUAAUAAUUGAUUCUUUAUUCAUCCAACUCAUGCUUUAACUGAAGAUUAUUGAUAAUACUCCAGGUUUUUUUUCCUUUUAAUCAUUCAGAUUACUGAAUUUGUAAGUACCCAUGUAGUACUUGAAAGUCCAGUCUGGCCGCAACUGUGCUGCAGAGGACCCUAGUACAGUACAACCCAAGUGCACUUUCUAAUGUUUUUGGGUCCUGAAGAAUCAAGAUACAAAUUAAUUUUGUUCCACAAGCAGACUGUUAACUAUAGGAGCCUUCAUUUUUUUUCCUCCAUAGAAGUGUCUAAUUGCACCUCAACAAUUAUUCUACUCUUCUAAAUUUGGGACAGUUUGUGUUUUCUCUGGAAUGGUACAUGUCUUCCAGGUAUCUUUUGAACUGGCAAUUAUCUUUUUUUUUUUAAAGUCAAUCUGGUCUAAUAACACUGGCUCAUUCAAAGCCACACUAUUUCUAGUCCAACAUUACUGCUAGUAAUCAAAGGUGUUUAUAAAUAAGUUAAUGUUCUGAUUCUGUGCAAAAGCUUCAUAUUAAAAUAGCUGCAUUGAAAAGAGGCACUCCCUUUACCCCUCCACCUAAAGGUGUAUUUAAAUUAUCUUGUGGGAUUAACUUAUUUAGAGAUGGUAUAAUUUAAAAUAGGUGAUAUUUAAGGUAGCAUCAGCUAGCAUUUAAGAAAAUCAUUUUUCUAAACUUCAUACUUUUUGAAAAGAAAUCUGGUCUUGUUAGAAAACAAACUUCUAUUUUCUCAGUUUAGUUUCGAUUUUACUAGUUUGCUAGUUAUCUUGAUAACAAAAGCAAUAGACAGCUUUUUCCAUUUCUUCAUUAAGUUUUGCAUGAACAUCUUACAGAUUAGUUAGGUUUUAGGUCAAGGGCUUACCAUACUUCUAGGUCUUUUGCUAGUAAAUUCAAGUUAGAAUUAGUGACAGAAUUAUAGGAAUUUUCAAAGAUCCUGUAUUGAGAUUUCUUAAGGCUGCAGACACUGCACUAUUGGUUUUGUUUUUGUACUGGUUAAAACUAUACAUUCAAAAUUGCUAUGUUCCUAUUUUCUAUAAUAGUUUGUCUAUUUUAAAAUAAACUAGUUGUUAAGAGCCUUA